CAACCACAGCUUGUGAAUAUGAAGCCAACGACAGCUUUAGGGUUGUUGGAAGAGGGCUAGAGAUCGAAACGACGACGUUAGAUGUGGAAGGAGCACCAAGCGGUGGUCCAGCAAGGAAGAAGAAGAUGGAUGAUAACGAGAUGGGGAUGUGGCUGACGUGGAAGGAUGUGUGGGUGACGUCAGCUUCUUCUUCUUCUUCAAGUGGGAAGAAGAAGAAGAAGAAAGGGAUGGAUGGAAGCAGAACAAUACUUGAAGGUCUCAGUGGUUAUGCAAAGCCUGGUCAGCUCUUGGCCAUCAUGGGUCCUUCUGGUUGUGGCAAGUCCACUCUUCUUGAUGCUUUAGCAGGGAGGUUAGGUUCAAACACAAAGCAAACAGGAGAGAUUCUUAUUAAUGGCCACAAACAAGCACUGGCUUAUGGGACCUCGGCAUAUGUGACACAAGAUGACACUUUACUCACAACCCUAACUGUGGGAGAAGCAGUGUACUACUCAGCUCAGCUUCAACUACCAGACACAAUGUCAAAGGAAGAGAAAAAGGAGAGAGCAGAGUUCACUAUAAGAGAAAUGGGUCUGCAAGACGCCAUUAACACCAGAAUUGGUGGUUGGGGUUGCAAGGGAAUCAGUGGAGGCCAGAAGAGAAGAGUCAGUAUCUGCAUUGAGAUCCUCACACGUCCGAGACUUCUCUUCCUCGAUGAACCAACCAGUGGACUUGACAGUGCAGCCUCGUACUAUGUUAUGAGCAGAAUCGCAAGCCUUGAUCGAAAGGAUGGGAUUCAAAGGACCAUUAUUGCUUCCAUUCAUCAGCCUAGUACUGAAGUGUUUCAACUCUUUGAUAAUCUUUGUCUUCUUUCUUCAGGAAAAACUUUGUUCUUUGGUCCUGCUUCUGCUGCAACUGAGUUCUUUACUUCAAAUGGCUUUCCUUGUCCAGCUCUCCAAAAUCCAUCUGAUCAUUUCCUGAAAACUAUAAACAAGGAUUUUGAUUAUCAGGACAUUGAACUCGGUUUAAGUGGAACUCAAAGGAAGCCUACAGAAGAGGCAAUUGAAAUUCUUGUGAAGUCAUACAAGUCUUCUGAUUUGAACAAACAAGUUCAAGCAGAAGUAGCAGCACUGACUACACAGGAAAGUGGAAUGGCGGAGAAGAUGAAGAAGAGGAAGAGAGGGCAUGCAAGCUUCCAUACUCAGUGUGUUGUUCUUACGAAGAGAUCACUUGUGAACAUGCGUCGCGAUGUAGGCUAUUACUGGUUACGCCUUGUCAUAUACAUGGGCGUUGCUCUAGGUUUGUCCACUGUGUUCUAUGACUUGGGCAUGAGCAUAGGAUCCAUUCAGGAUAGAGGUGCCCUUCUCAUGUUUGUGUCUUCAUUCUUAACUUUCAUGACCAUUGGUGGAUUCCCUUCUUUUGUGGAGGACAUGAAGGUAUUUCAGAGAGAAAGGUUAAAUGGACACUACGGAGUGACAACCUAUGUGAUAGGAAACACAUUAUCUUCAAUCCCUUGCUUGUUACUCGUUACUCUCAUUCCUGGAGCCAUAGCCUACUACCUUCCUGGCCUUCAGAAAUCCGCUGAACACUUCGUCUGCUUCUGUUGCAUCCUUUUUGCGUGUCUCAUGCUGGUUGAGAGCCUCAUGAUGAUAGUGGCUAGCGUCGUUCCUAACUUCCUCAUGGGAAUCAUAACUGGUGCUGGUAUUCAAGGCAUCAUGAUGCUUGCAGGAGGCUUCUUUAGACUCCCCAAUGACCUCCCUAGAAUCUUCUGGAAGUACCCUCUUUCUUACGUCGCCUUCCAUAGAUAUGCCUUCCAAGGCAUGUUCAAGAAUGAGUUUCAGGGACUUAGGUUUGGGAGUGUAAGUGGGGAAGAGAUCCUAAGAAGCAAAUGGGAAGUAGACAUGACCUAUUCAAAGUGGGUUGAUCUUUGGAUUCUUUUGGGCAUGAUUGUUUUGUACAGAGUUGUGUUUUUGGCGAUCAUCAAAGGGAAGGAGAAGAUGAAGCCUGCUCUUGCUUCUUUGCUUUCUGGGCCUCCUAAGACAAGCAUUCAGAUCAUGGCAAAUCCAAAUGCUACUCCUUUACAUCAAGGGAUUGCAUGAAUUAAAUGAAAUCCAAUAAGUAAUUAGAAUAUACGAGUUAAUAUGUA